AUGCAAAGCAGUACUGCGCGAGCAAUAUUCGAUGAAUUGAAUCGGUUGAUCGAAUCUGUGCGCAACAAUGACACCAGCGCACUACGAGGCUUGCUUGAUCAGUAUAUCCCAUUGGCAAUAAGCGAGCACCAGCAACUGCCUGACGGAAACGAAUGUUUGCGUAUUUUUCAGCAAAAUCUAAUUCAUCUUGAACAGUUGCGCACUUGUGUUGCCCCGCAUUCGGGGGAACAAAAUACCGAGCAAUUUUUUCUCCAAUUUAUCCUUCCAUUUGUUGGGAUAGUAAAACAAAUACCGAAACAACAGCAGCAGCAACAACAACAACAACUCCAACACAACCACAAAGAUCCACCGGAACAGAAGCAAAUACAGAAUGAAACAGAUUUUCUUUCUAGAUCCGUGCGUGCCGUCAACGAUGCCUUGAGCCAAAACGAUCCAAAUAACACACUGACCGUGUUACGGCCGUUUUUACGCGAACAUACUUUGAAAGCAUUACACGUGCAUCGAAUACAAGGAUCGCUUGGUUUAAUUGCCGGUCUGUAUCAUGUGGAAUUGGUUGCUGCGAAAACUGAUAAAGGUUCAGAUUUGACACAGGAAGAAUUGAUCGCAGCGUCUGAUGUGCUAUCUUGUGUGGUUCGACUGAAUGAAGCUAUUGAUCGACACGAUCCGCAAGCCGUCUAUUUUGCUCUCAUCGCGUCAGACGCUUAUUGGGAUGAUGUGCAUAUGGAAUCAGACAUUCGGGAACAAGACAAAUGGGCUCGAUUCUAUUUUCAGCGACUCUGUCGAGUACGGGAUCAGAAAUCCAUCUCAGGACGACUGCCAAUUCUGACACACGCGGAAAUUCAGGCCGUGAUUAGUCAGUAUAGAAAUGCCAGAUUGUCCAGUCACGAGACUGGCCGGAUCCGAGGAACGAGCAGUUGUGGAUCCUGUAGUCCGUUGUGUGACACACCGGAAAAAUCUUCGGUUGAUCGAUGCAUGGAUCGAUUGUUAUCCAGCUUGACGCAUAAUAUACCUCUCCUCACGUUUGAAAGUUUACGUGCAAUGCAACGUUCCGGUCUGCUAGCGGACUGUUCGCUGACACCGGCUGCGGCAGAUCUGUAUCACUCAUUCAUACAGUUUUACUUGCAUCACUGUCAGAAUCAAGUAGUCUGUUCACAACAGACUUUCGGUGUUUCCAAACCCAAUUCGUUGUCCAUAGACCAUGUUUGUGAGGCAGUCGAUCGAACCAGGCGUUUGGAGAAUAGGAUGCGUGAACUUGGCCUUUUAUUAACCGAACUGAAUCAGGCAGUUGAGCUGAAAAAUCCGGUGGAAAUUUCUCGAUGUCUUCGAAAUUCACUGAUUUAUACAGAUCUUGGUUCCACCAAUAUACAAUGGAUGAAUGGUCAUGCCAAUCCAGCUUACAACGAGGCGUAUGAAUCCGCUCUGAUUCAGUUGCGAGCAAAUCGGAUAGCCCGUUUCCAAUGUUCAGGAAAUCGGACCAGUACACAAUCCACGGAACAACCUCGCCUCUCUUUGACCGCUGCCUAUUUGGAAACACUUUGUUCCUUCGUUUUGGAUUGUGGCUGGUUGUGGACUCAUAUUCCCGCGGUCAGUUCCCAUGAAGCCCAGGCCAGUGGCACAAUCGAAGAUCAAAUUUUGACUCGUUUUAGAGUUCCUUAUUUUUAUAAUAUUUACACGAGGGACAUAAUUCGCUGGCCAAUUCACACAAGCGUCUGUCCAGCACAAACGUGUGUGUGGACGGAUAAUCUCUCACAGCUCCGAUGGCCGACCGGAAUUCGUGAUGUCCCGUGUCUGGAUCCGGCUGUGCUGAAUCGGGAAGAUUGUUUGCUAGUCGUGUCCCGUGUCAAUAAACUGAUGGAACUUCAGAACUCAAUUCAAAUGGAUCCUGUCCCUGUGCUUCCAGUGCUUAACUGGUCUGAGCUAUGUCAGGCUACGGCCACUCUGGUUGAAGCUCAUCUACCACCGGAACAGUACAUGGUGCGAAAACAUCAUCAUCAACAACAGCUGGCAUGCUUGGUUCGUUGUAUUGUUCGCAUUCAAUCCUACUGGCGAGGCUAUUGUGCCCGUAAACAAUUUCGAAACCGUUUGGAAUUCUACGACAGUCCAACUGUGCAAAAAGCUGUUGUCUGUUUGCAAAAGCACUGGCGUCGUCGAUCGGUCCAGCAGAGGUUAGCGCAGUUACGAUUGGAUCAAAGAAAACGAAUUUUUGAUUUGAUUCGCUUACAAUCUCUGUGGCGUGGAACACGUGCACGUCUGUUUCUUCGACGACUCUAUUCUCUGGCCCGAUACACGACGGAUACAGCCCAGAACUACGCACCUAUCGAGAUCAUGCGCGUUCCGAAAAGAACACCAUUAGUGAGAAAAACUGCUCCAAUUUUCCGGACAUUAUUAUGGUCAUCGUCAUCUGAACCAGAACGGGAAAUCAAGAGUUCCAAUGACCUAACGGAAACGCGGAAGAAAACUCCGGUUCGACUGAUCGUUCGAUCUCCUAGUACUCACAAUUUCACUCCGCCCGGGACUUGUCAGUCCGACAUUUGGGCAGUAGAUUGUGUCGCUCAAUACGUUCAUUGUUUGGACGGCUGUGCCGCCAAAGCAGCUUAUCGGCAAGAAUUGGAAGGGUUUUCGUUGGGCAAAAAGAUUUUGACGAUCAUCAAUCGUUUAGACGAAGUGCAAAAAGAGUUAACCAGUUCAGAUAAAUUGAUCAAACUGCUCAUUCAAAUACGACUAAACGGUCGAACUGUGUCCACACGAAGUGAUCCUUCCAGUCAACAACCCGUACCGGAAUUCAACGGGGAACUCGAGUUUCAAACCACCGGAUGUCAUAAUGCCAGCGAUCUAUCCACUGUACCCAGUCCAUUGAUUCGUCUUUAUGGUCAAGUGUGUUAUUUGUGCUAUACACAACCGGAAUAUGUGGCCAAUUUGGUCUGUGCUAUACCGAAUGCCAUGCUGUGGAAAUUUUCCGUCAUUCCGCAGACUUCCGGAUUCUGUCAUUUUCGUCCCAAUAUGUACGGCUUGUCCAUUGAACGUCUAGUGUUCGGUUUGUUCCGAUACGCGUCGACCACGGCGGAUGAGCUACGACUUAUGCACGUCCUGAUUCGAUGCGUGCACAAAGAAAUUUAUCAACUGUACGCAUCCGGAGACACACACCGUUGGUUUGCCGAGCAUGAACCAUGGCCGUUUGUGUUCCGAUUGGCUGUGUCUAUGGCUCGGCUGAAGACCAAUCAACAACAUACACACAAGUCUUCAGCUGGCCGCAACCAAUCAGGUCAUAGUCUUAGUGUAAAUGGUGCGGCUACUAUCGUUCCUGGGGGCGCAAAAGGUGAGGGUCACGGUGGGUCUGCCGGGACCGAAUUUCAAACGCACGUUACUCGACUGCGCAUGCUUUUGGUGGAUGUGGUGGAACAAAUUAAACGAACCGAUCGGGAACGUUCGAACGGAUCAGAACCGGCUCGUUCGAACUGGUCCAAUAAACGUGCAGGUGUUAUGAGUCCCUGGCUUAGUCGAACAAAAUCCGCACUUGCCGUGCACAUCCCAUCCGAUAGUACCUGGAAAAGUAAAUCCCAAUCGCCAGGCCUACUGAGCACAGAAUCUGCACCAAUCUUGGAAACGGCCACACCUCUGAUUGGAAAAUCGGAAUCGGCCUUGCAACAUAUGAUUGAGGCAGCGGCGAAAUUUUUCCACGGAAUUUUUGUUCAACCCGGUCUGGCUGCGUUACCUGAAUGUUUGGUUCAGAUCAUGCGUGAGUUGUACCUGGCUUUGCGUCACAUGUUCCCAGAUCAUCCGGAGAAGAUUCACUUAAAGCUCCGUUUUUGUCUCGUCUACAUUCGUUUCGUUCUGAUUCGCGAUUCCCUGCACAACCAAGCGAAUGAUUAG